ACCCGCCGCCAUGUGACCCGCGCGGGGCGGGGCCGCCAGCGCCUUCUCCGCAGCCGCCGCGGGAGGUGUCCGCGACAAGAUGAAGCUCAUCAUCCUGGACCACUAUUCUCAGGCCAGCGAGUGGGCCGCCAAAUACAUCAGGAAUCGCAUCAUCCAGUUUAACCCAGGGCCAGACAAGUACUUCACCCUGGGGCUCCCUACUGGGAGCACCCCACUUGGCUGCUACAAGAAGCUCAUUGAGUACUAUAAGAAUGGAGACCUGUCCUUCAAAUACGUCAAGACCUUCAACAUGGACGAGUAUGUGGGCCUUCCUCGAGACCACCCGGAGAGUUACCAUUCUUUCAUGUGGAACAACUUCUUCAAGCACAUUGACAUUCACCCAGAAAACACCCACAUUCUGGAUGGGAAUGCAGCUGACCUGCAGGCUGAGUGUGACGCCUUUGAAGAGAAGAUCAAGGCUGCGGGCGGGAUUGAGCUGUUUGUUGGAGGCAUCGGCCCUGACGGACACAUUGCCUUCAACGAGCCGGGCUCCAGUCUGGUGUCCAGGACCCGUGUGAAGACGCUGGCCAUGGACACCAUCCUGGCCAAUGCCCGGUUCUUCGACGGGGAUCUUGCCAAGGUGCCCACCAUGGCCCUGACGGUGGGCGUGGGCACUGUCAUGGAUGCUAGAGAGGUGAUGAUCCUCAUCACAGGUGCUCACAAGGCGUUUGCUCUGUACAAGGCCAUCGAGGAGGGAGUGAACCACAUGUGGACUGUGUCUGCCUUCCAGCAGCAUCCCUGCACGGUGUUUGUGUGUGAUGAGGAUGCCACCCUGGAGCUGAAAGUGAAGACCGUCAAGUAUUUCAAAGGUUUAAUGCUUGUUCAUAACAAGUUGGUGGACCCCUUGUACAGUAUCAAAGAGAAAGAAACAGAGAAAAGCCAGUCUUCCAAGAAACCAUACAGUGAUUAGCCUGUGCUAAUCCUAGUGUCAAGUACCUCAUUGGGACAGGUCGGUCUCUCUGGAAAUUGUCUUUAGGACAGAAUUGUAUUUCUUUAAUCCAGUAUGGUUACUCCAGAUAAAUGGGUGAACUUACUGUUCUUGGCUAUGCAGUGUGGAGCCUAGUCAUAGAGUUUAGCUACAGGGAGAAUGACUUAACUCUUAAUCAGAAAAAAAAAAAAAAAAUCACUCCAUAAUUUGGAUGUCUGCCCCACACAGAUUAGGUGUUUUAACUUUUUGUUCUGCCUCUGACACUGUUCACGUGUACAACACACUCCCGUGAGGAAUUUCUAUUAUUACAUGCACUGAUUCUCAAUUGGGAGGGAGUUAGGGGCUGUGUAUAUCGGACAAAACCGUUUUGGAGUGGCUUGAGAGCCCCUCUUGAGCAGGCCUGCCCCUUAUCUGAGAAUCACUUCUUAAUAAGGAACAAACUCUCUCAGUGUCUACAAUCAAUGUAAUUAAGCAGCCCCUCUGGUCAGUAACCAGUGCCAUGGAAAGAAAACUAUCCCUUACUUUCCCCAAUUGUUUUUUUCUGCUCUCUUAGUUGACCUUUCUGUGAACUCAGAGGACUCCUUGGGGGAGGAUUUGGGCGGGUGGAGCUAGAGUUUUUGCUGAUAAACUCAGAGCCUCCAGGGGGACCUGGCACGUCAAACUCCUCUCCCUCAGGGACCCUCUGGCACUGGGAGGAAGGCAGAAACCCUUGUCCCACCAGAGCCCUGUGUUUUUGUUCUAAGGUCUCCCUGUGGCUCCUCUCUUUUACAUACUCAUUAAUAAGUAGGAGGUCCACUGGGGCAGCAGCCGUGAUUUCAGUGUUGUGUUCAGCCAAGGUGAUGGGGGCCAAGGCAGGCAGCUCAAUUAUGAGUUUAGUCACAAUACAUGAGCUUCUGAAGUUGCCUCAACUUUCCCCACUUAAAGUACCCUGCCUUCUGACCCUCUCAGGUUCAUGUAGUGUGGUCUGUUGUUCCCAGAACAUCAGGAAAUACAGCCCUUUUGCACCUUUGUCCUUCCCUCCUUGUUCACAAGAUGAGUCUAUUGCUCUGCGUCCCUUUGACUCUCCUAAGCCUUCGUGGAGUGGAUGCUGCCUCCUCCCUGUUUUUGCGCCUAUUGGAAGCUGCUGCCGCCUCUGUUUCUGGGAAAGAUCUUUCAGAGUCUGGCUCAGGCCUCUCUUUAAGUGCUGUGUUUGGUACCAGCGUUUUGUCUUUAGCUUUUAUACAUGAUUGUGCCGUCAUUCUGUUUUAAGCUAACGGAUCAGUGGACUUGUUUACAAUGUGAUAUUUUCUAUUAAAUCUAAUAUUUUCAAAUAAAA